UGAAAUACAUCAACAUCCGUCUGACGGGACCUGUGGGGGCUGUGGAGUGCCGCUAAUGCUAAUGCUAAUGCUAAUGCUAAUGCUAAUCGGUCGUGAAAAGGCUUCAUUAAGAUAGACGUUUCACAGUGGAACAAUACAGCAACAUAUGGCAUCCCAACUACCUGUAACGAUCAAGAGCCAGCAGGUGGCCGUCAACCCUGCUGGUUUACGGGGGAAGAAACGUCCCGGUAGUCCGGCGGUGUCUGCUGCCGCUGCUCACGGUGGGGGCAACAAGAAGAAGAAAACUCAACUAAUGACGACACCAGGACCACAGAAUCAGAUAGCAGCAGUAGAAGCAGUGUGUGAUAUGAAGACAGUUGGAUCACUGGACAACACACCAACAUCCAACAUCACCACCGCCACAGAAUCCAUUCAAGUCAAGCCCCCACCGUUCAAGGACCCUUCCUUCACGCAUUCUGGCAUUGGCGGAGCGGCAGCAGGCAAAAAGAACAGAACCUGGAAGAACCUCAAGCAAAUCCUGUCUUUGGAACGAACUCUACCUUGGAAGCUGAACGACCCUAAUUACUACAACAUUGAUGCGCCGCCCUCACUGAAACCAGCCAAAAAAUACUCCGACAUCUCCGGAUUACCUGCCAGUUACACAGACCCACAGACCAAACUACGCUUCACAUCCACAGAGGAGUUCUCGUACAUCCGCCUCCUCCCCACUGACGUCGUCACGGGCUACCUGGCCCUGCGGAAGGCAACCUGCAUCGUACCCUGACAGCUAACCGCCGUUGUAAAGCAUCAUUUUUGUAAGACUCGUAGCAGUUUUCGUCUGUAAAGUGGCGAGGAGACAAUGGGUUACUCAGGUCACAGCGCGUGUGACGUCAUGAGCGCUGGAAGACUGGUUUAAGGCACAGUGAGCUCAUUUUUCUGGGAAAUGAGAGCUAAUCAGGGGGUUACCAUCGUUGAGGGUAUGGACAGUGCCCCCUCGUGGUAGUCAUUUUAAAGUGCAGGCUCUGUUUUCAAUGAAAAUACAACAUGUAGCUCACAUCCAGGCAUGUGAUGCAAAACAAGCCUCACUUACCAUAAACCAGGAGACAUUUUAAAUUAUAGUACAUGUUCUUGUCAGUAGUUCCACAUGGUUUUAAUUGCAAGACUGUAUUAAUUUGUAUGUAUGCUGUUGUACGCAUAUACUUCAGUGAGACUCUCAUUAGUUACAAUUAGCAGUAUUAUUUUCCCACUUUAUUUCAUGAUCUUGCUGAAUGAGGUGAAAUCGUAACCUGUUGAGUUGCUAAAUAAUAGCAUAUCAGCCUGAAAAAAAACGAUGCUUGCUUAUUUAACGUUGAUUCUUUGCAUGAAAAUGGCUCAGCCAACCUUGUUGUCUGAAAUGUCUUGAACACAUGAUUCUGUAUUCUACUUGUUUUUUGCAAUAGCUCACUCGAUUGAUUUAUACGUACAUUUGAUAAGAUUUGAGCGUCUUACUUGGCACAUUCUUAAUGAAUGACCAGGUGGGGCGUCAGCAGCAGAGUGGCCGCUGUCUCGCUGUGCUCCGUGUCCGAGAGUGAAGCUGAUGGCGGCAGCUCUUUAGUACAUCUGUUCACGUUAGAGCAGCACUUUCAUUCCUGCUGUGGCAUCAGAACCUCAACGUUGUGAUUAAUGAUGUUGGUGGUCUUUGUGCCAACACAGCACGCCACCCAAUAGUGUGCUGUCUGCUUGCACAUUUUAGGAGUGCUAUGCUUGGGUUUCCAUCUCGCAAAUUAUUGCGGAUGUAUGAAUUUGGUCACCUAUUAGCAAUAUCAUCUUAAAAAGCAAGCAGAUGUAGCUAAUGUAGAAUGCGCGUGCAUGCAGUGUUCAUAAAUUACUUGCAAUCGUACUUCAUCACCAGCAGGGUGUGCUAGAGACCUGCUUAUUCUGCACCCACAAAGGUCAGGAGGCAUAUGUUAAAGCUGUCAGUUAUGUCAUCCAUCACUGGUAGUGACGUCAUCCAUAUUAAUUGUACAGUUAAAGGUACGUAUAGUAUGUAACGGCACAUAACACCAUUACCAAGCAGUGCUACCUUGACUUAGGACAUGCAUGAAAUACUGUCAUUUCGUAGGACUAGCAUCAUUAGGAAGCUAAUUGUGUCCCAUCAUCUUUUCCUGGAGGUUUUGACGCUUAUUGUAUUGUACAGAACGUGUGUCUCGGGACGCAAACGGCAAUUGUGGUGCUCAUUUGGGCGCUCGUCUUCCUCUAUUCUUUGUCACUGUUAGACUGCCUAAUGAGGGAGAAGACGCUGUCUAAUGCUGACAAAGUGUUGGACUGCUUUUCUCACUUUGUACAGCAUGCAGCAGACUGCUGUAAUAUGUAGCUGGACAUACUGUUAUUAAUUACAGCUGCAAGUAUUAGCGAUGCAAUUGAUCUCCUUGUACUACUGACAUUAGGUUCAACGACACACGACAGCACACAACAAGUUGGUGCAAAGAUAGUUUUAUGUGAAAUGAUAUCGACACGUUAUUCUUAGAAUUGUCUGUUUUAGCACUGCAAGUAUUCCCGCUCUGCUUCAGUCAGUCCUGUAAUUAGUGUUAAUGUUAAUGAAAAUAAAACACAAAAACAUACAAUUACAUGUGAGAAUGAAUACACAAGGAAUCAAAAGGGAAAAAAGGAAUCCGAAUAAAUAAAUUCACCCUUCAAGCAAUGACAAUAAAACAAAUUAACAAAAACAAAAUGAAAAAAUUAAAAGAAAUCAAAUCAAAUACAAUUUUUUAAAGUUUGACAAUGAAUCUUCCCGGAAUAAAUAGAAAACAAUAAAAUGAAUCUUAUUGUAGGAUAAUAAGUAAGUAAUUGUUGAGGGCGCGACAAUAAAACUCAAAUAAAAUGAAUAAAAAAUGUUAAAUGUAAAAAAAGGAAUAAUGUUUGAAUAAGAUUCAAGAGAUUUAUUUUCAUAUGCACAGUAAAACAGGUGGUUCUGCUAUGCAAUGAAAGUCUUGUUCUGUUCAUUCUCCCAAAAAAAAGAAAGAAAAGCACAAGAAAAAGAAUAAGAACAUCAGAAACCUAAAUACCAAUAAAUUAAGCAACAACAACAGAAGAGACUGAAUACAGAUAAAUAAUACAAAUAAAUAAAUAAUAAAGUGCUACGAGUGUGUGUUGUGUGCGGCGUGUGUGAGUGCUUCGUUGAGAAGCCUGAUGGCCUGCAGGUAAAAGCUGUUCGCCAGCCUUGUGGUCCUGGACUUCAAACUCCUGUAGCGUCUGCCUGACGGCAGGAGUGUGAAUAAUGAGUGUUGUGGAUGUGUGCUGUCCUUGAUGAGGUUGUGUGUUCUUUGUUCUUCGAAUAAGCCUAAAACUUCAAAAUUGAGUACUGAUGCUGACAAGACACUAACUAAAAAGAAAAUAAAAAUGUUACAAUUAAUUAUUAUUUAGAAUUAUGAAAUUACAAUGAAUAAAUCCAUAAAUAAGUCAUGACAAUGAAACUAAAAUAAAGCUACUACCUAAAAUACAAAUCAAUAAAUCAAAUAAUCAUAAAAUGAAUAAUUAAAAACAAAUACAUGAGAACUCAAAUCUUUUUAAAAUAAGUAUUAAAUACAGAAUUUAUUGAAAUUUAUAACUUAUCUGUCGUCUUGCUAAGUCUAUAACUACCACUACCACAAAAAAAACAAACCAAAAUAAGAAUAAAGAAUUACAAACAUAAAUUUGUACAAGGAAUCUUCUUUGAAUAAAUAUUCAAUUAUUACUAAAUGGAAAUGAAUAAAUCCAUAAUUAAAUAAGUCAUGACAAUGAAACAAAAGUGAAGAUACUACCUAACUACAAUAAUAUAAUUAUGCGUAAUAUAAUAAUAAAAUUAAAUAAGAAUUUAAUAAAAUAAAGAUUCAAUAUAUGUAUUAAAAAUAUAAAAUUGCACAAGGAGUCUUCUUUGAGUAAGUAUAAAACAAAAAAAAAUGACGCAUGAAAUUCAUCCAGUAAAGGGGAAUUAAGUAAACAACUGAAAUAAAAUGAAAUAAACAUUUUAUACAAUCAUGAAAUAAAAAUGAAUAAACCCAUCAUUAAAUAAGUGGGUCAUGACAGUGAAACUAACUAAAUAUACUACCAAAGUAAAAUAAAAUGAAAUAAUACAAUGAAUAAUUUAAAGUCAAUACUUAAAAACUCAUUUAAAAAAACAAAUGUACAAUAAUAUUAAACACUGGAUUUAUUUUAAGGUUAUAAUUGCUUAAAGUCAAUUAUAAUAACCAUUACCUUUUUAUUGUGCACCUCAAGUGAGUGAGUACCAAGGUAAUUUAGGUACAUCCUAAAUACCGAGUAAAUGUUAUUGAAUUAAAAAAAAAACCUUUUUUUAGUAUAAUGCAUCUGGUGCUAAAGUGUGGAAAAUAUUCUCAACUCAACAGGCAGAAUAUUAUUGUAUGUACACUAGCACAAUGUGAUAACAACAACAUGAUAGAAUAGUUAUGUACGUACUAUAAAGAUAAAACUUUGCUUUUUGAGGUUCUCAGUAUGAUGCGGUGCAACUGUGCACCGCUGCAAACUAACACCCCCAAAAUAAAAAUAUCAUGAAAUAAAUAGUGAACAAAAAUGAGCAUUAUUGUCUUUGCAAUGGCAUCAAUUGUGCAAGUAAUGUAUUCUACAUCGAGUGACUGACUGUGAUGUACAUUUAAUAAAGCUGUGAGUCGAUGGGGCGAGUGACCAGUCGUCGUCGUUGUUGGGCUUUAGAGGUCAAACAGCAAGGUGUCAUCAGAUAGCUAAUCAACUCGUUCACAUAUCAUUACACUUGCGAGGCUAAAUCCCCGUUAAUCCUGCUGAAGAUCCAAUAAGUGUCCUCUCACACAGGUCAGCUUGUUCCUCUUUACGUGUGUGUGUGUGUGUGUGUGUGUGUGUGUGCACAUGUGGGCAUAUGGACAGGCGAGAAAAGUAAUCCUUCAUGUUGAUAGACACCGACUGUCCUUCAACCACAUGACCACAUUUGGCGUCUCCUCUCUGUCCUUCUCUUCAUUUUCCCGCACUGUCCUCUCCUAUCUCCUCUCCUUUGUCGUCCUCUCUCGCUCCUGUGAAAGAGUCCUCUCCCCACUGCCUGCCAUCUCUGCUGGCUUGAGGAUUAGCACUCUGCUUUGGGCUUUGAUUGAUAACACUACUGUCAAUUUGUCCCUUCAGGUUCAUCCGUCUUCCUCCUUGUAUGUGUUUUGGAUUGUUUUUAUGCUUUACUAUUAAUUAUUACUAUUUUUUUUUACACUUGAAUGACUUAGGAAAAUAUGAACUUAAAAAAAUCCCUAUCAAGUUAAAAAUAAAACCGAGUUGUCAGCUGGGACAGGCUACGUGGGACACACUGAGUCCUUAGUACAAAAACAAAAACAAAAUCAAUACCACAUAAAAUCUAAAAUACAAUUAAAAUAAAAUUCAUAAAUAAUAAAAUAAUACAGUCAUAAAAACAGGAACAUUUGAAAAUGUUCUGUAAAAACAAAUACAAUUUAAAAAUUACUUAACAAAUUGGAGAUUUUAUGUACAGAUGCUUUGACAUUUGAGCUGCGCUUCAAUGCCAACAUAAAACAUUAUUAUUAUUAUCAUAAACAUCUUUUAAUUUUUUUACUUUCUGACGCAACAUGAUAGCUUGGACUUUUGGUUGGGUAAUCUCUUUUUCUGACAUUAUUUCCGAUUCAGUUGUUUUAUUUUGUUACGUUUGCUUCCUGUUUGGACUGAAUGCAUUACCUUUACUCUGGUUAGAGGGAGCUGGGGGGCGCACCUGUCUUUAAUUUGUAAUUAGGAUUCUAUUUAGCUCGGCUGAGGCUUCUGCUAUUGUCAGCAAUUCAUUACUUUGUCUUGGACAAGGGUUACCUGUUGUUUCCUGAUACAGUUCUCAUUUUCUCGCGUGCUCCUGUUUCAUGGUGAGUUUGCCUUUGCUGUACAUCCUCGCCUUCUUUGUCAUUUUGGUAUUUUGCCUCAGUGUGAGCUAUCUUUUGCCAAUUAAAGACUAUCGAAACGACCAGCCACCAUGUUCUUGCAUCCUGGGGUAACGCUCAUAGUGAAACGUGACAGCAACCCUCCCAUUAAUCAGGGCUUGGGGCCAGCACUGGACAUUUCCAAUGGGCGAGUGCUGGGGCCCUGGCCGGGAAUCGAAUCCAUCCUUGUCUGGACCAAAGGCAGCAGCGUGAAAUGUCCAAAAAAAAUGUUAUAUCAUCCUUUACAAGCAUGACGCUCAUUUUUGAUUGCAACGUUCAGAGAUAUUAUUUUAGGGUACGGUUAUUUAAUUACUCACAAAUAAUGUCAGAACAAAUACAGGUCAUUAUUAACGUGAUUGUUAGUUAAGGGGCACCCUGUGUUACAAAUAAAUGGUAACUGUUAUUUAUGGGCUUUUACUCAUUUCAGCAAACUAUCAAAGUCUAUAGUAUGCGGUGAAUAAUAAAGUGUCAUUGGCCAGCGAGUGAGGUAGCAGGAAGGAUGUGACCUAGCGACCUUCUCCACGACAGAUGGAACCAAUCUCGCCAAUCCCAGACACACCAUCUAUUCAUACUUACCUACCACCAUGAUGUGUGUGUGCGUGUGCGUGCGUGUGUGUAAUGAUAGCUGCUGCUGCUGCAGAUGCAACUCAAUGCCUCUCUGUGCUUAAAAGCUAUUACAUGUCACAAGUGGAUUUAUGUGCUAUCAGAUGUGUGUGUGUGUAUGUGUGUAUGUGUGUGUGUUGGUAUCUCACCUGAUAUUUCACCACCGACUCAACCAGUUUGGUAUCUGAUGUAGCUAUAAAUGUCAAUUCCAGUUCCGGAUUAGGAGAAGAAACCAUAACAUUUCAUCCAAAGUCAAGUUUUUACGACUGUAUUGCAGAAAUAAGUUGAUUUGAACUAUGAAAAUACGAAAAAAGCCUUACAGUAAAAAUCAAUUAUGCAGUCGUAGAGAAUGUUUACAGUAUAUUGACACUGCAGAGGCUUCAUGAGUUACUGUAUUGCCAGUAACUAUGACUAUCCAUCCUAAUACAUUGUAUAAUGCUCAUUGCAUUGCAGAGAUAAUUGCAUUGGCUUUGCGAGUUUGUCAGUGUGACAGUAUUCCCUGGGCAGGGACACCAUGAUCAUUGUCCUUGCAGAUCAACACUGAGCAGAUACAAGAUACAUUACAUAAGCAUGAGUUGGUGAUUUGCUUUGGCCAAGUAAUAACGCUGAGUGGAGAGGAAAAGAACAACCUCAAACACGCACGCGCGCACACGCGCGCACACACACACAAUGUUUAGCGAGAGAGUGAUGUUAAAUGAAGCGUGAAAUGAAGAGUCAGAGGUGUUAGAACAUACCAUCACUAGGGAACCUCCGCAGCAGACUGACAGUGGCCAUGCAGGUCAACAUAGAUCAGGACAAUCAGUAACAACGCUCACAACAUUGAGCGCCCCCUGGUGGGGGAAAAAAGGUUUCUCAACUUGUACCAUCUUUGACAAACAAACUGCAAGGAAUAGAUAAGGUUGCCCUGUGGUGUGUCACAAGCCUCAGAGGUCAAACCGUGGUUUUGCCUCUUUCGUUCACACAGAACCCAGUGAAGUGGGAUAUUGCCGCCACUGUGUGCUUUCACACACAGCUUGCAACGACAACAUCAGUGUCGACACCUGGCUGUAUUUUGAUGGUGCUUUCAACACAAUACGGCGGUAGAAGUGGGUGAUAAACAUUACACCUGUUCCCAGCUUUGUGGAAUACCCUUACACACAGGAGAGGUCCCAAUUUGUUCCAUUCCUGACAAGCAUUCUAACAACUGCAAGCGGCAGAUAAAGGUGCCUUGUGGUGUACCACAAGCCUCUUUUACAAAGAUAUCCUGCAAAUCAGAGCUAUUAGCAGUAGAUCCUGCAUGCAAGAUCCUGCAGUUUUUGUGGCAUUUUGCAUUGGGAGACAUUCACCGAGUAGGGCUUGAGUUCCGGUACCCGGAGGAGAGUAGUGGCUUACGGUUCCGGGUGGAAAGUAGAGGCUUCCGAUUCCAAGUGGAGAGUAGUGGCUUCCGGUUCUGGGUGGAGAGGUUGUGGAUGGAUAGUAGAGCCUUCUGGUAGCGGGUGGAGAGGUGUGGCUUCUGGUUCUGUUUGGAGAGUUGAUUAACCUAGAGGUUCUGGGUGGAGAGGUUCCGGAUCGAGAGUAGAGGUUUCCAUUUCGAGGUGAAGAAUAAUGGCUUCAGGUUCUGGGUGGAUAGUAGAGGCUUCCGGUUCCAGGUGGAGAGUAGAUUAACCUAGAGGCUUCCGGUUCCGGAUGGAGAGUAGUUGCUUCUAGUUCCGGGUGGACAGGUUCAGGAUGGAGAGUAGAGCCUUCUGGUUGUGGGUGGAAAGUUGUGGCUUCCGCUUCCGGUAGAGAGGUUCCGGAUGGAGAGUCGUGGCUUCUCGUUCCGGGUAGAGAGUAGAGGAACCUAGAGACUUCUGGUUCCGAGUGGAGAGGUUCAGGAUGGAGAGUAGAUUCUUCCGGUUCCGGGUGGAGAGGUUCCAGAUGGAGAGUAGAGUCUUCCGGUUCCGGGUGGAGAGUCGUGACUUCCAAGUCCGAGUGGAGUGUCGUGGAUUCUGGUUCAGAGUGAAGAGGUUCCAAGUGGUUAGGUUCCGGACAGGUUAUGGGUGCGAGUAGGGAGUUGUGGCUUCUGGUUCCGGGUGGAGAGCAGAGGAACCUAGAGACUUCGGGUUUUGGGUGGACAAUAGUGGCUUCCUGUUCUGGGUUUCUGUUUCUGGGUUCCUGUUUCUCGGACGAUUCAGCCAUUGAUAAUGUUUUCUCGUUAAGUGGAGAGUAAACUGUUAAAUCAACUAGUCUUCGGCUCCUGUUUCAUCAACCACACAUCACACACUCUGUCCUGGCUGUUCCAUGCAAACUUUACAUAUUUAACUUAUCAAAGGUUAGGUCAAUUGGCGACUCUGAAUUGUCCAUAGGUAUGAAUGUGAGUGUGAAUGAUUGUUUGUCUGUAUGUGCCCUGCGAUUGGCUGGCGACCAGUCCAGGGUGUACCCCGCCUCUCGCCCGAAGUCAGCUGGAAUAAGCUCCAGCAUACCCCCGUGACCGAAAUGAGGAUAAACGGCAUAGAAAAAGGAUGGAUGGAUGGACUUAUCAAAAGUGUAUCAGUGGAAACCACCAUGUCUGCGUCUUUACCGCUUCCAGUAAUUUAUUUUAUAAAAGCAAAGGUGCUCACUAUUCAUUCACAGAAGAUAAAAUCCAUCUUUCACUUUCAGGUCCUACCUGUGGUUUUACAGUCAGUUGUUUUAUAAGUGGUGUAAUUAGGAGACUUUACAACACUAAAAGAGCGCUAAUGAUGAUAAUGUGCAUGUUUGGAGAAGUAGUAUGGACUGAACAGUAAGGAACACUACAAGGAGGUGUUUUUUUCCCUUUAAUGACCACUCCUAACAUUAUUAUCCUGCUCUUGAUUGCCAUAGCAGGUCACCUAAUCCUAUUGAAGACAGCCGCUGCCUUUCUCUCCUCCAACAGAGUCCAUUACAAUCGCCUCUUAUCUGCUCUAAUAUGCUCUGCUGUUAAUGAAUAAUCAGUCUCGUUAAUGUCCUGCUAAUGAAUGGCCCAUCAGCCUCUUCCGAGUGGCAAUUAAGUGCCAGUCGAGGCGUCUAAUUGGCACGCUUUCUGAACUGGGACCUCUGGGAGCGGAGGAGGUGAAUUAUUGCCUUGUCAUCGUUGUAGGAAGGACGUUUAAGAGGAAUGCUGACUUGCUUGUUUAAUAAAACGUAUCAUCUCGUUAACCCGCGCGGCAGUAAAUUGAAUCACUGUUUUGCUCAAGUGAUUCUGUCAGAGGACAAACUGAAUUAAAGAAGAACCGGCGUUUGGACCUCAGAUGACAGCACGAGAGCCCCUUUGCGGUUAAAUUAAUGGCAACAUCUUUGGAUAUGCUUUUGACAGCCACUUAGUUAAAUGACUCCAUGUAAAUACAAGAUAAAUGAAUAUAUGUAUGGCAGUUCGGGUAACGGUACGGUCACAGUCACAGUUAAAAACUAUGACAACCUAUGACGUGACGGUAAAUGAUAUUUGUGGCGCCUCCUGUGGGUUGUGUUUAAAAUGUUUUGAAAGACAGAUUUGAAUCCACGUCUUCCCGAUCUCCUGACUCUGUCCGUGUGACCAACAUGCUAACCACUAGACCACCGUGCGGUUAAAAUGUUAAUAAUAUUAUUUGUAUUUGUUCCCAAUCAAUAAUAUUGCCAAUGAACAUGUUAUAGAACCAACAGUUCACUUAUGUGUCCGUAACUGUUUACAUUUAACCAACUAUAGUUCCUCCUAAAUGCCACUGGCAUAGCAUUUGAAAGAUGCAUGUUAAAAAUAUUGAUUUUUAUGCGAGGUACAGGUACGUUCUUGAGUAACUAUUUUGUCAAAAAUGUAAACAGUUACAUUUCUAUGCAACUGCCAAUUACAAAAACAACGCGUAAGAUUUGAAACCCAGAUUGACACUGCUUUACUCAUUCUAGAUCUGUUUCGCUUUUCAACAACCGCCUCAGUUUGGUUUAGCGUUUAUGUCAAAGGUUCCGGUGUGCUGGCUGUAGGACUCGCUCUCUCAAGAUGAGAAAGGUGACGUGGCCGGUUUCCCUUGUCAGACGAACAAGUCAUAGAUGGAUACUAUCCCAAAUCUCUGGCAACACUGCAAACUUCCUCAACGCAAUCAUCGUUGAAAUAAGCUGAGCAUAACGAUCACUUCGAUGGCCCUUUCCAUACGUGCGUGUUCGUGACGAAUGUUGUCCCGCUCUCGCAACUAUUUCGUCUUUUUUCCAAUUAAAAAGACAAACACCGUGAGCCGUGCCAUGACUGCACCCUACACGACACAAAGUCUUGGCAUUCUCUCCAUAAACUUAAAAAAAUUAGCUUAAAACUCUCGUAAUGUUUACAGGCGAUUACGUGGUAGUCAAUAUGCCGAGAGGCGUCCUUGCAGGAUGUCUUCCUGGGAUGACGUCACAGAGCAAAGGGGCUGUAUAAAGUUUAUUAGCUUGAAAAUGCACAUAUGUACAACAUCAUGCCGAACAGACCAUCAAUUCAUGGAAUUGAUAAAGCUUCUAAAAGAACAAGACUCAAGUCAGGCUGAUUAACACGAAAAUAAAAAUAUGAAUCAAAUUUAGUGCACCAAAAAGGAGGGAUUCAAGAAAAUGAUGAAUGGGGUGAUACAAUAAAAUAAAAAUAAUAAUAAUAAUAAAUGAAUUGAUACUAUAUUUCCCUAAAUAAACUGUCAAUAAAAUGUAAGUAAAGUGCAAAUGAAAAUACAGCCUUACAAUCCGCAAAUUAAUUGAAAAGCAGUUUUGACUUUUGCACAUCAGAGCCAGUGCAGGCACAACUCAGUGUUAUUACCUGUUAGAACUCCCUUUGUAUGUUCCACUGCUAACAAACGUACGAAGAACUUCUGCUCUAGACUUGCGCUUGUCGUCUUCCACUUGUUCGAGCUUGUAAGCAUUUUUCUAAUUUUGCACAGUGUGCCUUUUGCUCUAUUUUUAAGUUUACUUCUACAAUGUGAAGUAGGACAAAAAAAACAAAAAAACAAGCCAUGUGCCGCAAACAGAGCUUGUUGGUUUGUGUCAUAUGAAAUGUGCGACGUUAUCCCGUGUUUGUUAACUUUAUUUAACAGCAGGACAUUAAGUUAUUGCCGAAGGGUGUUGGUUUCAUUUUGUGCAGUAGACAUGGACGAGUGAUAAAAAAAAACAUUCACGGAAGUUCCUGGGCUACAUUGAAGCCAGCGCUUAUUUUAAAAAUCAUGUACACAUGCAGAAGGCAUCAUUCGGCAGCCUGGAAACGACGAGGCAAGACCAUUUCUUGCCAUGGCAUUAAACACGUAACCGUGUACUGUUAACGACCUGUUGGUGUUGUAACAUUGAUGUUCUGAAUUGUGUUGUACAUGAGUGCACCUUGCUGUAAAUCUUAUUGGUGGAUAAGGAGAAAGUUUGGGGAAAAAAAUGGGAAAAUUAUAUGCAGUCUAAAGUACUGUUACAGUUUUUCUCCAUUGGUUUGGCUCAUUUCUUGAAACAGAAAUGACAUUCUCAAAAUAACACGGACAAACCUCCAAACAACUUGGAAGUUGUUCACAACAGAAUUGAAUUUCACAUUGAUUUGUUCAAAUUGCAAACGUCUUAGUACAUGUCUCAACGUCUAAGACCAUCUUUGCGAAUGAUUGAGUAGAGGUCGCUACAUUUAGCACGAUUUCCAGUUGAAUAGAUCUUGUUGAUCUAAACUGAUUGUCUAUUCUCAGGUCUAAUGGAUGUUCUCUCCAAAACAUGUCGGCAUCAUUUCAUUGUGUAAGUCAUCACACGCACAAUAGUCUGUUUAUUUGUCAAAAUCAGCCAAGAUUAUAUACUGUCAUACCACAAGUACCAUAUAUGAAUCUCUUGGAACAUUGGCUAAAUUGAUUAUUUGACAGUCAGGUGAAACUAGAACUUGCGCUAUGAUGGUGGAUGAGAAUAUUUGCCCAGACAGAUAGCAGCGUGUAGACACACAGGAAGCAAGGACGGUGUCCAGGAGAGGGAGGGUGAGGACAGUGACCAGUGAAGAAGUGUCAGUUGUGAAACUCCAACUUUAUUACAGUUUUUCUCCAUUAGUUUGGCUCACUUGCAAAAGCACAUAUCUCUCCCAAAACUGUUCAUUGGUGCUUCAAAGCUAAUUCCUUACGUUUGAAUAGUCAGUGCCACCAAAAUGCAAAGAUCCUUCUCAAUUGCUUUGGCUCAUUUCCUGAAAAAGACUGGACUUUCUCAACACUGUUGGCUCUUUUAACAAAAUAAACUUGGACGGUUCAGCACAACGGUCGUACGGUGGUCCAGUGGUUAGCAUGUUGGCCACACAGUCACAGUCAGGAAAUCAGGAAGACCUGGGUUCAAAUCUCCGUUGGGCAUUUCUGUGUGGAGUUUGCAUGUUCUCCCCGUGUGCGUGUGUGGGUUUUCUCCGGGUACUCCAGUUUCCUCCCACACUCCAAAAAUAUGCAUGCAAAGUUAAUUGGUGACUCUAAAUUGUCCAUAGGUAUGAAUGUGAGUGUGAAUGGUUGCCCUGCGAUUGCCUGGCGAUCAGUCCAGGGUGUACCCCGCCUGUUGCCCAAAGUCAGCUGGGAUAGGCUCCAGCAUACCCCUGCGACCCUAAUGAGGAGAAGCGGCAUAGAAAAUGGAUGGAUGGGUGGAUGGUUCAGCACAACACCAUGGUUCACCUGCAAAAGAUCAUAUCUUUCCCAAAACACUUUACUCAUGUGUGAAAACAAAAUUUCUUUCACAUAUAAAUUGUCAGUGGCCCCACAUUGCAUCGUCCCUUUGGCAUUAUGUCAGCACUGCAAGUCAAAAUGUAAAAAAAAAUGUGUUUAGCAUAAAGUACUGUAAUAUAAGCACAUAAACAAAAAUCUAGUAAAAUUGUAUACAAACUAAAGUACUGUAAAUAAAGCUGGAGUUUCACAACUGACACUUCUUCACUGGUCACUGCCCUCACCCUCCCUCUCCUGGACACCGUCCUUGCUUCCUGUUGUGCUCAACUGUAAGACUGUUUGGUCAAAGGAUCUCAGAGUUUUGAGAAUGUAAUUUCUGUUUCAAGAAUUGAACCAAACCAACGGAGAAAAACUGUAAUAUAACAUAAAAAGCGCAUCAGCCGUCAGUCUGUCUGUGACUAUUAAGACCCUACAGUAUUUACAACAAGAAUAUCAAAUGGGACUUUGAUGAAAGGCUAACAAAUCUGUCAGGUGAAGUCAACAUCUUAAUUUUACCUUUCAAAUGAUGCUUGCAGUGAUGAACAAAGUUAUGCGGCAGCAGAGGUGAUGGUAAUCAGUAGGGGUGAGAUCUCGCGAGAUUAAAACGUGACUAUAUUUCUCAUUUAGAGAAAAGCUAUCUUGCGGGAAGAAAGUAGCCAGAAGUCUAUCAGACUGUGAGCUAUGGCAUCGCUACUGUGAGUGACAAUACACGUAAUAUGGAGAUGACAGUGCUUGGACAGGAUUGGAACGGCAGAUUAAGUGACUGUUUUUUUCGUCGGUGUUGAACAACUGCCGCUGUGUUAAUGUCCAAACCGAAACUGUAGUAAUACAGUUCAUCAAAACUACUUAAGAUUUGUCAGAUCAAAACAUGAUUGCUGCAUACGACUUCCAUCAACACGUGAAAGUAGAGUCUAAUCAGGACCCACUUCCUGCUUCCGCACUCUAAGCAUCAUGGGAACUGUAGUUCAUGUCACGUAAAAGCUAAUCUACCGCGGUCAAUUUUACAUGUGUCUUUACACAAGUACACAUCGACAUAAAUGAUUAGUAGCAGCAUCAUUUCCGUCAUAAUUGUAACUUCUAUAAUUUUUACUUUUUGUUUCAAUUUGUGGAAAGACGUUUGAAGUUAAAAGUAUCAUGCUUAGGUCAUGCAUGCAAAGUUAACAAACAUUUCAAAAUGUGCCUGCAUUGUUUUGACUCAAAUAAAAAAGUGUGUUUGUCCAGUGAUAUCUUGUCAGUGUAGUUUUAUUAAAAGUAAUAUCAACUUAUGAACCCAAUAUCGUGUAUCGUCUCGCCUCGUGAGCUAAGUGUAUGUGCCACCCCUAGUAAUUAGUGAUGGGCGAAGGGAUAGUGAAAUAGCAAUGCUUCCAAUACCAACUCUUCAUGCUCUAAAAUCGAUUCUCCAAUCAAAAUAUCAAUACUUUUGAUACUUCAGUCAUUUAAGGUAACACCAUUAACAGUCACACAGUGGAAAGUAAAUACAUUAUUGAUAUCUUGUCUACAUGACACGCGGUUGGUGGGAACUACUUUUUCUUCGGCCUGGGUAAGUGUGUAAUGCGUAAGCGCAUCGGCACACUGCUCCAUCAGUGGGGUUGGGCAUCGUCGUGAGCAUGGGUGGGAACCAGGACUAACAUUCCGAUUCUCCCAGGAUCGUUAAAAAGUUUUUAUUUCUAUUCCUAGUUCCGGUGCUCACUUCGCCGACUGGAAUAAAUAGCCGCGAACACCAACGAAGGAGAAGCCGCCCGGUGAGCACCAGCGAAGAAGAAGCGUCGGAAAAGUUUGGCUUACCUUCAUAAAAAAGAGCGGUCGGCUCAGUGCAACAUUUGCAACACAAUGAUAUCAUGCAAAGGAGGGUUCACGAGCAACAUGAUUCAUGUUCACACAUUCAUGGUGUACAAAUAACGCAGUACCUCGUCUUUCAUGCGUUACGUGGGACUUUCUCUAAGCACUCAGAAUCGGGGAAGUCAAACGAUAAAUGACGCCUGUUUCAUGCCAGUGUAACCCAGGGUUUCAGGAUGCUAGCUGAUGUGGAAGUUCAAAUUCAAACGGUACCCGACUCUAUCCAUCAGUCAGUCUCAGUCUGUUGAAACGAUGGCCGAUUGUAAACAAAGUCAUGUGUGAAUUGUGAUGAAGUUUUGAUUCUUAUAGUAGUUCUUAGUAAUUGAUCAUUUAUUUUAAUGGUUUUAUUAUUUUACUUAUUUUCUCUUUCAUUGUUCAAAAUACCAUUUUCACAUUUUACAUGAUUUUGUCCUCUGUUUUAUUCUGUUGUUGUAGCUUGGCUAUAUUGUCAAUCAUGCCACUACCUCAAUACGAGGGAGUGCAGGAUUAUUAGGAAAAUGAGUAUUUUGACCACAUCAUCCUCUUUAUGCAUGUUGUCUUAUUCCAAGCUCUAUAGGCUCGAAAGCCUACUGCCAAUUAAGCAUAUCAGGUGAUGUGCAUCUCUGUAAUGAGAAGGGGUGUGGUCUAAUGACAUCAACACCCUAUAUCAGGUGUGCAUAAUUAUUAGGCAACUUCCUUUCCUUUGGCAAAAUGGGUGAGAAGAGGGACUUGACAGGCUUCGAAAAGUCAAAAAUAGAUUCAAGAUUCAAGAUUCAAGAUUCAAAUAGUGAGAUAUCAUGCAGAGGGAUGCAGCACUCUUAAAAUUGCCAAGCUUCUGAAGCGUGAUCAUCGAACAAUCGAGCGUUUCAUUCAAAAUAGUCAACAGGCUCGCAAGAAGCGUGUGGAAAAACCGCAAAGGCGCAAAAUAACUGCCCAUGAACUGAGAAAAGUCAAGCGUGCAGCUGCCAAGAUGCCACUCGCCACCAGUUUUGCCAUAUUUCAGAGCUGCAACAUCACUGGAGUGCCCAAAAGCACAAGGUGUGCAAUACUCAGAGACAUGGCCAAGGUAAGAGAGGCUGAAAAACGACCACCACUGAACAAGACACACAAGCUGAAACGUCAAGACUGGGCCAAGAAAUAUCUCUAGACUGAUUUUUCUAAGGUUUUAUGGACUGCUCAAAUGAGAGUGAGUCUUGAUGGGCCAGAUGGAUGGGCCUGUGGCUGGAUCGGUAAAGGGCAGAGAGCUCCAGUCCGACUCAAACGCCAGCAAGGUGGAGGUGGGGUACUGGUAUGGGCUGGUAUCGUCAAAGAUGAGCUGGUGGGGCCUUUUCAAGUUGAGGAUGGAGACAAGCUCAACUCCCAGUCUGACUGCCAGUUUCUGGAAGACACCUUCUUCAAGCAGUGGUACAGGAGGAAGUCCGCAACCUUCACGAAAAACAUGAUUUUCAUGCAGGACGAUGCUCCAUCACACGCAUCCAAGUACUCCACAGCGUGGCUGGCAAGGAAGGGUCUAAAACAAGAAAAACUAAUGACAUGGCCUCCUUGUUCACCUGAUCUGAACCCCAUAGAGAACCUGUGGGUCCCUCAUCAAAUGUGAGAUUUACAAGGAGGGAAAACAGUACACCUCUGUGAACAGUGUCUGGGAGGCUGUGGUUGCUGCCGCACGCAAGGUUGAUCGUGAACAGAUCAAAACACUGACAGAAUCCAUGGAUGGCAGGCUUUUGAGUGUCCUUGCAAAGAAAGGUGGCUAUAUUGGUCACUGAUUGGUUUUUGUUUUGUUUUUGAAUGUCAGAAAUGUUGAGCUGUUACAGUAUAUUGGUUUCCCUGGUGAAAAUAAAUAACUGAAAUGGGUAUAUAUUUGUUUUUUGUUAAGUUGCCUAAUAAUUACAGUAUGCACAGUAAUAGUCGCCUGCACACACAGAUAUCCUUCUAAAAUAGCUAAAAGUAAAAAAGCCCCACUCCAACUUCCAAAAAUAUUCAGCUUUGACAUUGAGUCUUUUGGGUUCAUUAAGAACAUGGUUGUUGCUCUAUAAUAAAAUGAAUCCUCAAAAAUGCAACUUGCCUAAUAAUUCUGCACUCCCUUGUGUACUUAAGCGUUUAAAAUAAAUAAAUAAUUCUGAUGUCCUAUAUUCUUUACGCUAUGCUGUGAAAUACACUACUUUUUAAAAUCCACCAUACACGCUAGGUGUAUUUGCGCAGCACAGAGUAUCGGUAUCUGAUCGGUACCGCUGAUACCAGCCAUAAUUUUACACAGUAUUGGAUCGAAAACGAAAUCAGUGGUAUCACACAUCACUAAUGCACGUUUUGUGGCAUUGACUGAAUUGAAGUGAGCUCCAUGUAGCUUGCUAGGAGUGCAGCUGCACGAGGCAAUUAUGAAAGGGCGCUCUUCGUCACGCCACCUACAUGCAGAUUUCCAUUGAACAAAUGUGUACCUAGAGAGCAACAAAACGGUAAUUAAGGGUAAAAACGCGUGCCAAGUAUGAAAAAUGUACAUGUUGGCAUGUCUGCAAGUGAACUUGUCGUGACCCUCGCGGCACAAAGGUUCAAAACAGAUCAUUUUUGGAGGCCCUCUAGGGGGCGCUUGUGGCCCAUCACUGUCUUGAGGGGUCAAACUUUGGGGUAUAAUAACAGUGCCACCAUGUGCCGUAUUUGUCAGAAAAAUAAUAGCACAUGCAACACAGGAGGGGUGCAUGUUUUGACAGAUUUUCAUGCCGUCGUGCGCAGCGGUUCAGGAGCAGAAGAGUAAGCUGAUGAACUCCUUUGUUGAUUUGAGGAACUUUCAAUAUAAAGUCCAAAUAUAAAGCCAGAAAAAAGUGCGAUAGUGUUCACAUAUGGCUGGCUGCAAGCUGCUGGUUUAAUUAGUUUGACUGUCGCAAAGAAGCAAACUAGCCAAAGGUUUAGGGCAAAGUUUAAGGCGCAGGGAACCAGCCCGAUAUAAUGCAAGCUAACAGUGUGUGAGGCGUCAGGUUUCAUUCUCAUAUGGCUGACUGGUUGCUUCAAGCUGUUGGAUAAUGAGUGACAGCAAGGUAAAAGGGAGAGAGGAGGCAUAGCGGGAAUGGGGGAGGAAAGAGCAAGGUAAGGUGUCUUUUAUAAUGAGGGGACAGAAGAGACAAACAGCAGAGAAACUGCAGAGACAAAGGGUGCAUUUGGCAGCUACUGUAAACACACACAAACCUGCGUGCACACACAAGUUGCUUGGAGCAUCUCGGGAUAAUAAGAAACACACAGUUUUUCUAAUGAGAAACAACAGCUGAAGCACCGAUGGCGGCGGAGAGAACGAGGAGGGUUGCAGGCAAUGGAGAGAUCCACUUACUGUACCAAACAAGGCACCGCAUUGAAAUACAACGUCGUUAUAUGAUACUUAUACUGCAUGAAAAAAUUCACAGAUGGACGUGUUUAAUGCAUCCCUGACACAGAGUGAGGUGCAUUGGAUGAUGGGUAUGUGGGCCGUGCACCUCCAUCGCUGAGGUUUGUAACUCCAUGUACGAUACAUAUAAAGACAUGAUUCAUUAUGGUUACAGUGCGAUACGAUUCAUUACAGUUGUACAACACACUUACAGUGUGAUAGAAUACAGAAUGGUUCAUUGCAACGAUUCAUGACAGGUACAAUGCGAUGCGAUUCACUACUGCUACAAGGCAUACCGAUUCACUACAGUUGCGAUGCGAUUUGCGACAGUUAUAUAAGACAAUUACACUGUAAUAAGAUACAGAAUGGUUCAUUCCAGCAACAAAGCAAUGCAAUUGCAGUGUGAUGCGAUUCACUACACUUACGCUGCGAUACGAUGAAUCCCAGUUAGGUUGCGAUAUAACACGACUACGGUGUGAUACAAUCCGAAAUGGCUCAUUCCAAACACAAUGCGGUACGAUUCACUGUAGUACUGUAUGAUUAAUUGUGAACCCUUUUGUCAGUCAUAUAUCUCUUUGUCCCUGGGGGUGGAGGCGGGCCGCUGGCAUACACACAGAGCACAGAAGGUUGUAACGUAGUACAAAUAAAAUUAGUAUACUGCACUAUAUUGUCAUAUAUUUUCUCAUUGUACUUUUCUUAAAAAUAUUUUGUCUCAUCUCGUACAUCCAAUCUUGUGAGUGUCUCGUGACACCCCUACUAUAUACACACACUAUAUUGGUCUUGUCCAAAUUUCUUCCUUUCUUUAUGAAUCCAAAAAGUAGCCAAACUAACAGCAGUUCUUCAGGACAUGUUGUGUCACCUCUGCCAUGACGUGCUUUGUAUAAAUUCACACUAAACAUGAGGUUUGCCGAGGGCUGUGAGAGCCUUGACGACAUUUAAAUAGUGAAAAAAACAGUGAAUCCUGGAACUUGACCUGCAACUAUGUAUACGGAUCAGUUGGUUCACAAGGUUUAGUGGGACUUGGGCGGCUGGUUCCUGCAAACAAACCCAACAAAUAGUAACAAAUACCAGCUAGUGAGACACCAAACAAAGCCAUGCCAUCCAAACAUAAGCGGUAGACCUAAAAGGUUCGUUUUACUCUUUAUGACCAUGUGUCAGUGUGUCACUGAGGUGUGUGAGUGUGUGUCUGCUCACAGAAUUGAAAAGCCACCUUUUUUUCUGAUGGAUAAGCACUUUGUUGUCCUUGGGAGACUGCUGGUGCUUGGCUGCUUGUGCACGCUGGCUAGCUGCUGUUACACUGAGCCGUGCAUGUGAGGUGACCUUCCCCUGCCUCCGAACGAACAAGCACACACACACACACACACACAUACCAAAUGACGUACCUCUGGGGCUGCAGGAUAACACACCCACACACACAUGCAGUGUCCCCUGUGAUGUCUCCAACUGACAGAUGUCCCGUGUUGUUCACUUUAAUGUGCCACUAUAACCGUAAACUAGCACAGUUACACACACGAACACCCUGUGCAAAACUGCUACCACAAACAUACACACCGCAUCGCCAUCACUUCAGAGGACACCACCUUAAAAAUGGUUAUAGGAAGAUUACCAGGACCCUAUUUCUGUCCUGAAAGUGAGUUUCAACAACAUGCCUGUUCUUAAAGGGAUAGGAUACCCUCUCUGCCACCUAUAGGACUGCGGUGGAACAUUACCGGUGUCACGAGACCCCCAACUCACAAGACGAGAUUGGGUCCAUGAGAACGAGAUGAGAUAAAAACGAGAUUUUAAUAAAAUUACAAAGAAAAAAUAUGAAUGUUUUUUUAUUUCACUGAUUCACAAAACAAUGCAGUGUGUUUUGAAAUGUUUGUCGUUCCACACAUUGACGCUCCAAGAUAUUGAAGAUAUUGUGCCUUUUUUUUUUUUUUAGUUUUUGCGUAUUUUAUUUCUGCAGUAAGCCUCUUUCCACAGAUGGCCUCGGCACCACACUUUGGACACCCAUGCGAUUUUCACCAGGAAGGCGAGGUGCUGCGAGGCGACGGAGAACAGACGUGCAUUGCACAGCGGUAUGGAGGUGAAGCUCACUCCUGCGCGCCUACUCGGUGGGUACUUAAUACUUCACCUUUGUUGAUGGCUUGUAUUUAAUUCCCGAAUAAAUGCAUGACGCAAGAAACACUUAAAUGUGCACCCUUGCUCCCUAAAUAUAUCGACCAUGUUGCUAAAUUGUCAACACGGAUCUCGUCUAUGUAUGAGGUGUGUUAUGAAACGGAACCGAACAACUAUGUGGGUUGAUCUGGCAAAUCUUAAGUAAAGUUGAUCAAAUGUUGCAAAUGUAUUACCAGGUUUGGACUUUUGACUUUUUAAAGAUGUUAUAGCAGUAAUGUGUCCCCGGAGACUGUUUAUGAGCACCAAACGUGAUAAAAAUAAUCUUCCUCACUUGUUUGUGACACUUUUAAGAGACGAGGCACUCAAAGGGUUGCUUUUGAAGUUUCGGUGUUGUAAAACCUCCUUCCUCACGGACAUGAUACCGCUAACUAUCAGUCAGUCAGCUACAAACAUUGGAACUGUUUUUUAGUUUUUAGCAUUCUAGCUCACAUAGCUAUGCUCGUGUUGCUAACGUUUGUGUUCUCCUGUCCCACUCCUGAAUGUUACAUUGUUGUAUGUGACACUUGGCAUCUAUUACAUGAGAUAAGUGCAGCGUUACAGUGCAUAGUGGAACCUUGUGGUUAGCGUAUGCCCUGGUUAGCGUAUUUUUCGGUUGAAAAUUCUCACAAAAAUUUUGCCCCUCUCCUCGUGCAUUUUCCUGUUAUCAUGUGGUGUGCGUCUUAUAGGCUUGUUAAUACACUGCAUGACGCCAACUGUGUGCGUCUGGAACGGAUUAAUUGGAUUUGCAUGAUUUCUUACGGGAAAAAACUAUUUGGUUAGAGUACUUCAAUAAUUUGGUAGAGUCACUCUUCUAUUUCUUCUUUUUGCAAUUUGAAGCUCUUCUUAGAACCUCCUUAAAGGAAAACUGCACUGUGAGUGUGUGAGUGUGUGGUGAAGCUAGUCGCUAGCCGGCUAGUAGCUAGCUGGUGUGGCGUGGCAAGGUGUCACCAUGCCAGUAACCUAAUUCGAUCGGCGUAACAAAGUAAUAAUAAUAACAACGUCACUGUAACUUGGUUCAUAUGCACGUCACAUUAUAUGUAAAUUUAGCUUUGGGUGUUUGUGGAGGUUUUUUUCUGAAGGCUUUAUAUGCGGCAUAGUUGUGUCCCAUUAUAAGCUGCCUCUUUUUAGCUGUUUUUAUAUCUUUAGAACGCACAGAAAAGAGAAAGACAUGUAUGCUCAUGUCUCACAUAAGGAUUGUGGAUGAUGGGCAAUUGCUCAACUCAUCUCAAAAUUUGGUGUGUGUAUAUUGCAUGUAUUUCAUACUCCAGUAUUUGGUAAGCAGUGAAAGAGGAGUCUGAUGCUUCCUGGCCUUAUUGUUAGGCCUCAGUGGAGGUCUGCCAUUCACAUUUUGACAGGCUGGUGCUAAACAACCAAAGUAACUCUUGACUUUCCCAAAGCGCAUUCACUGCUCAGUGCAAUUGACCACCCUUUUAUCAGAAAGCUGCAAAUUGUGUGUUGCUGGUUCCGGCGCUACACAUCUAACACUUUAAUGACCAAGGAGAUGAAAGUGUUGCCGGGUGUGAGCGUAGUUCUUUAAGUCCAGAUGUUGACCUGGCUGAACAGCCUUACAGCUGAAAAUAAGCCCAGGGUGUUACACCACAGCUAUCAGGUCUGUACUGACAGAUGCUCAUUAGAACAAACAGGCACACAAACACACACGUUCACGGCUGAUAAUAGCUUCUUCUCGGAGGAAAAGUUCAGCUUCGCUUAGAUCUAUAAAAGAUUUCCGUAUCCUGUUGGCUCUGCGAAAUGUGCAGUGCUCUUCUUUAACAGUAUGAAGUGGACACUUAUGUUUUAAAAAUAAAUGGAUGCAAAAAUAAAUGUGUUUGUUUGUUUAAUCAAAUCAAAUGUUUACACUCAGUUUACUACAACAAAAAACACCAACAAAUGAGUGUAAAAAUAGCAACUCUGUGGGUCCAGAAUUGAUAGCGGUGGGAAUUUUUAGUCUCUUCUUUUUUUAAUCACAGCACAGAAUUUUCUCAAUUUAAACAAAUAGUGGUGUGAAAAAGUGUUAUCCCCCUUCCUGAUUUCUUACUUUCUUGCAUGUUUGUCACACUUAAAUGUUUCAGAUCAUCAAACAUAUGUAAAUAUUAGUUAGCGACAACACAACUGAACACAAAAUGCAGUUUUUACUAACUUUUUAUUAUUAAGGGAGAAAAAAAAUCCAAACUGACAUGGCCCUGUGUGAAAAAGUGAUUGCCCCCUAAACCUAAUAACUGGUUGGGCCACCCUUUAGCUCAUCCCAGUUUUGCCAGAAAACAUCUCGAUGAUCCCCAAACCUUUGGAAAAAUACCUGGUGGUCUGACAAUCAAAAGUUUAACUAUUUGGAAGGUGUGUUUCCAAUAACAUCUGGUGUAAAAAUAACACAGCAUUUCAGAAAAAGAGCAUCAUACCAACAGUAAAAUAUGGUGGUGGUAGUGUGAUGGCCUGGGGCUGUUUUGCUGCUUCAGGAACUGGAAGACUUGCUGUGAUAAAUGGAACCAUGAAUUCUGCCAAAAAAUCCUGAAUGAGAAUGUCCGGCCAUCUGUUGGUGACCUCAAGCUGAAACCAACUUGGGUUCUGCAGCAGGACAAUGAUCCAAAACACACCAGCAAGUCCACCUCUGAAUGGCUGAAGAAAAACAAAAUGAAGACUUUGGAGUGGCCUAGUCAAAGUCCUGACCUGAAUCCUAUUGAGAUGCUGUGGCAUGACCUUAAAAAGGCGCUUCAUGCUGGAAAACCCUCCAAUGUGGCUGAAUUACAACAAUUCUGCAAAGAUGAGUGGGCCAAAAUUCCUCCACAGCGCUUUAAGAGACUCAUUGCAAGUUAUCACAAACGCUUGAUUGCAGUUGUUGCUGCUAAGGGUGGCCCAUUGUGAUCGUCCCAUAAACCCAUUAGGUUUAUCAUGAUAAAAUGGGCAGUUUUACCAUGAUAACAGUAUAUGCUCGAUAAAUCCCCGACCACUAUAUACCUGUAUCUUUGCCGCCUGAAAAUAAUUUCAGGAAAUGCAAAUGUACUGCUUUUUGUUGAUUUAUUGACCAACUGGCACACAUUACUUUCAAUUAAACAUAAUGCACGUAAUGCGACACACCUAUUCCGCCUAGAAAGCCUUCUGAAAAAACCUCUAAAAAGUGCCAACAA